GAGGGUGGAUAAUGUGUAAGUGCCGUCUGUCUAAUUGGAUGUCAAACUAUUUAGUCGCACUGUUAGGACUAUGAAAACUAUUUAGUGGCCUACGCAACACAGUCGGCGCCAGAGAGUCGAGACGAAGGCUUGUCACAGCACACCAACAUGUCUUCUAGUUUCAGUAUUAGUGCAUUGUUAGGGGAGAGAGAGGCCCCAAAGGCUCUAAUACAGAGAGAAAGUGUAUUGAGAGUUGCUGGUGGAAGAAAAUCGUCUAUUGAGACGACAGAUAAUGAUCAGAGUAACAUCGAAAAUGGAGAUGACGAUAGUGGCGUUGAGUCACCCAAUGAGGCCUACGAGAACGACUCUUGCCACAACGACGAAAACCAAACAUACUACAUCAGCAGCAACCACAAAUACCACUCAAGCAAAUCGAGGCGAAAACGAACCGCUUUCACGAGUAGCCAGCUGAAAUACCUCGAGGAGAAAUUCCAAGAGAAGAAAUACCUGACCAUCAGCGAGAGAAACGAGUUGGCAAAAUCCAUGUAUUUGAGUGAUACGCAAGUAAAAACGUGGUUUCAGAACCGUAGGACGAAAUGGAAGAAGCAAAUGGCGCCAGAGUUCGAGGCUACGCUCAGGAACGAAGAGAUGACGGCAUUGUAUGGGCAAUACCCCUUCCCUUUAACAUACUACGCUGAAUAUCCUUCCGUGCCAUUUAUGCCAACUGCACAGGGCUAUGGACUCGUGCCGAAUUUCUUUUCGCCUCCAAAUCUUCAAGUACUGUACUCAAAUAUGUCUAUAUAUCCUUACCAGCAAUUAUAGCAAUGAAGUAUAGUGAUUGGAUUUUAGAUUUUUUUACAGAGUACUCGUUGUUUAACUAAGUAAAGGAAGGUUAUGCUUUAAAGAAACAUGCAGAACAUAUAUUUAUUCAUCAAAAAUUAUAUUAUCUCACAGCUAAAGAAUAUCUUGUGCAUAAAUAGCGUAUUUUUUAUGUUAUGAUUCCGCCCUGAACUAUGAACAAAGGUCUGCAUAUUUAGAGGGAUUUAAAGUGCGUAGACAUUUGUGCGGACAAUUGCACGAAAAUAAUUUAUUGUUACAUCUGUAAAUACUGUAAAUAAGCAAUUGUACACUUGAAUACAAUAAAAACAGAAACUUUUCAUAGUA